AUGGCCGCAGUGACGGCAACAGCCCCUUCACCGGCGUCUCCACCAGCUAUUCCGGCCAGGCGGAGACCGGUAUCACUACAGCUGUCUGAGAUUACGACCGGGGAGCCCGGGCAACUUUCUGUGAGAACACCUGCCACUGAGUCAGUGGGGAUGAGGCUGUCGCCUGUGUCGCCGGUUCAGGAGUGCUUCCAACCCGAAAACUGGGCCCAGCCGUCCAGUGCGGAUAUCGAGAACAGCUCUGAACAUGUGCUCACUCCUCCUCCUGGCGCAGGCCGAGACCUCACCAGAGCCUUCAAUGUCUCAGCACUGUCUCCCCAAUCACCCCAAAACUCAAGCACAAAGACGUAUGGGAUAGAGCGGCCUGCUCCCGUUGCCUCGGUCGCCGGUAGAAGCCGACAGAUAGAGGAUCGCCCACUGCCGAUAUUGAACGUCAGGUCGGUCCCUGAGUCAACGGAAAGGGGCAAUGGACCCCUGAGACCGCUUGAAGCUGCCGUCCCGGGGACGGACGGCACCAACACGUACGGAACUGCACCCAUGAGGCCAUGGGGCAACGACCGCAACGACCUCAACAGAAAUGUAACAGUCCGGUCAACGGCAACCACCAGCACUAGCUCGUUUUACGGUGCCAACGACGCUCCCGGCUUCGUCGAUCCGUCACCCAAGAGCUCACUAGAGGAUGGCGCCUUUGAAACGCAGUCAGUGCCACAGUUUCAGUACCAACAUGAGGCCUUCCUGCCACAGUCCGCAGGACUGCCCGCCUCAGCGCAACAGGAGCAGCUGCUCGACGACCUGCGCUCUGCAUCUACUCCGGACCUGGUCAGCCGGGCAUCUCCCUCCAACCGUCACCUCACCCCGAACUCUAGCAACGUUCGGCAAAGCUUGUUGCCCCGUCCACAUUCCUCGUAUUCUGCGUAUUCCGAUAAUGGCUCGCAUGAUCGUUCGUCUCCCGGCGUGUAUGGAGGCCCACAGCACCGCGUCCCGUCAUCUAACUCACGCAAGUCGCCCGACACGCGGUCGACAUCGUAUGCGGACAUGCUGAAUCUUCCCUACCCCCAACCUGCUCCGUCACCCAUCAACAUGAACAACGUCCAGCUCCGGAAUGCUAUUGGCAGCAACGCUUCGCUUCUGAGCACGCAAAAGACACUCGAAAUGUACCGCCAAAAUGUGAAGAAGACUAAUGACAUGUCUAUCCAAUAUCCGUUUGCAGUCUUCCUUAUUUCUACCGCACAGGAGCAAGGCCUUAACUUUGACGAGCCGGCAAAGCGAAAAUCCAGCCCUCACUCAGCUCGCGACCAGGAGAGCCCCUCUGUGGAGAGCGAUGACGUAUCACCCCAAGAACUCGUCCGAGAAGCACGCAGCAUUCUGCAGCGCUUGUCCAACGCCGGGUAUCCCUUUGCGCAGUACUACCUGGCUGACGGCUAUGCUUCGGGCUUAUUCAGCAAAGGAAAAGAGGAUUAUAAUGCAGCAUUCCCCCUCUUCGUUCUGGCAGCAAAGCACGGCCACGCCGAAUCUGCUUACCGGACUGCCCUAUGUUACGAGUUUGGCUGGGGUUGCCGCAAAGAUCCUAUCAAGGCCAUCCAGUACCUCCGAACCGCUGCUUCGAAACGUCAUCCAGGCGCCAUGACGCGGCUUGGCAGGGCCUGCCUUUCCGGCGAUCUGGGCGAGAAGCGAUACCGAGAGGGUGUCAAGUGGAUGAAGCUGGCUACCGAGGCCUCUGACACGAUCUACAACGGUGCACCCUUCCAUCUAGCCUGCAUGUAUGAGACUGGCUAUGGCGCCGACAUCUUCAAGGACGAAAGCUAUGCGGCCGAGCUGUUUACCCAGGCGGCCGAGCUCGGUCAUCCUGAUGCCAGUUUCCGCAUGGGUGAUGCCUAUGAGCACGGCAGGCUAAAUUGCCCCCGCGAUCCGGCUCUGAGCGUGCACUUUUACACCGGUGCUGCCGAGCACGGCCACCCUGCAGCCAUGAUGGGCCUGUGUGCCUGGUACAUGGUUGGUGCCGAGCCCGUGCUUGAGAGAGACGAGGAGGAAGCGUACGAGUGGGCCCGCCGCGCGGCUGAUCUUGGCUACGCAAAGGCGCAGUAUGCAGCUGGCUAUUUCACCGAGAUGGGUAUCGGCUGUCGGAGAGACAUACUUGAGGCUAAUCUGUGGUACGUCAAAGCGGCCGAAUCGGGCGAAGAACGGGCACAGCAGCGACUAUCAGCCAUACGUGCCGCUGCGUCUGGCGGGAACAUCCCUUUGGAUGUUGAGCCUACCCAUAAGAGCAAGCUGAAAAAGAAAGGCUCCAAAGAGGAAAGCUGCAGCAUCAUGUGA